GGGUGGGUUAGCACGGUGCUAAGCAAGUGUUGUGUGUCAGUUUUGAUCUCGUUAGUUUCUGAGCUGAUUGGGAGCUGGGGAUGACCAAACAAUCGCAAGAAAUUGAAAAUGAUGAGUGACUAUGGCUUUGAAUAUCACAAAAGGUUUCUGUCCUUUUGUGGUAAUUUCAGAAAAUAGGGCUAAAGUGUUGGAAACAUUAAGAAGGGUGUAGAUAUAUUUCACAUUUUGUAUUGGUGUUAGUUGAAAACUGAGCUGCGGGCAAAAGGAAGCAAGGUUUCAAAUGCAAUGACAUGGAUUUUAUAGAGUAUGCAAAAUGGGGCAUCCGUGUAAAAGAAGAGCCUGGAACCUUAGGACCAUUUCACCAGGAUAACCACAUCAAAAACAAUAUUGGAGGACUACAAAGAGGCUGGAUGUGCAAGUUUCCUUGUGACGCCCAAGGGGCCUUGGAUACUCCCUCAGCCACAGACAAUCUGCCGCAAGGUUUGCUGGAGCCUGUUGAACCAUCACCUGUAAACUUCUUGGGGGUACAAACUCAGGAAUAUUUUAACUUGCAAGAUUCAGAUAAAUUUACCGGAUCUACAGUAGCAGAAGGCACUAUUCAUCAAAAUCAGCCAAUCCAUAUAAUUCAGCAAGAUGUAUUUAUGAAAGAAUAUGAUGUGAAUCGCAGUACUCGGCAAGAGAAAAAUUUUGUUACCAGUCUUACAGAUAGUAAAGAAUCAUUGAAAGAUGAUGAAAAACAUAUGUUGGAUGCAGUAUUGAAUGAACGAUGUGAUAAUUCAGAAGACUUACCUCGGACUGCAGGUGAAAUACACCAAAGAGAAUUUGUUCAGUGUUUUCCCAAAAAUACUGCCUCAAAAAGACCUAAUGAAGAGACUUUUAUAGUCAAGAACCAGAAUGAAAUUCUAUGUUCCUCAGACAUGGAACUAUUGUUUGAGGCUCCAGAAAAUUCUGUUAUAGAACUUGUCAAGAACAGUGGAAGAACGGAAAUGUCAAUGAAUGUUGAGGACAAUUUAUCUAGAGAGAUUGAGUCACUUACAGAAGAACAUAUUGCAACAGCUCAUCAAGAAAAUAAUAAUGACUUCAGAAUAUCAGAGAUAUCAAGUUUUGAAUGUCCUGAUUGUGGUGAAGUUCUGAAAAGUUUUAAUAGCUUUAUUACACAUAUGAACUCCCAUAUAAUUCAACAACGUGAGAAUAUUGAUACUGUUCAAUGUGAAAAUUGCAUUGAGAAAUUCGAUGACAACAGAUCACUCUCGCUCCACAAAAAAGAAUGCAAUUGCGAAAAAGAAAGUAACCUUGUGCCAUUUCAAAAGAAUCAUCAUCAAAUUUAUAAUGAUAAUAGUAAUGGUAAUAUUAAUAAUGAGAUGUGUUCUUCAGUAAAUUGCUUUGAAACAGAUUCUUCUCUUUCUAACAAACAAUUUACCUCAAGAGACAAUCCAGAAUUAGCUUUUUCUAGUCAUUGCCAGGAAGUGUCCCUGAAGAAGUUUCCAGAACAAUCAAGACAUUACAAUGAUUUGUCGUCUUGUAGUCCAAAACAAAGACAGCAAGCGUACUCGGAGGAGUGUUCAUCUUCAGAGACGCUAAAAAGUACAAGUAAUUGGACUAUGCAAAAUUUAGGUGCUGCAGAUGAUGCAUUUGAUGUUUCUUGGUCAUCUGAAAUAAAGUGUAGAGAUAAAAGGGAAGGGAGAAAUUUAGGAUCAGUUAGUACUUUAUCAUUACGUUUAUUUCGAUUUCGCAGGCCAAGAGUUGUAGUGAAACGUGCAAAUGUUCCAGUUCGAAGUCAAAGUGUCAUUAAAACAUUAAAUUCACGUUUGGGAGAUUCUGUUUCAAAUAACAUGAUAAAUACAAAGAGUGUUUGUCAGGUUGAAAACCCUGGAAAUUUGAAACAGUUGAGCACAGAAUCAGAAACAAAUAGAGUUAACAAAAUUCCCAAGCCUGAUUCAAAAGUCGUGAGUUGUUCGAAUAUUGUUCAACUCUGUGGGAAACCCAAGCAUUCAGAAAAAGAAUGGCAUUGUGCAAGACAACAGAAGUCAACUGAUGCUGAUAGAUGUUAUUCACAGGCAAAUUUAACAUCUAGUCACAGUGAACCUCAAAAUGUAGAAUCUCUGAUUUGUGACACACCAUUUUCCUUCUCAGCCAAAGUGUCUCAAACAAAUAAAAAAUCAGAUGAACAUGUAAAUGUAAGUAGUAAAUUUCCAACUGAGGAUACAAAAGUUCGAUCAAAUCUUAAAAUAAAAAUAAAGCCUGUUGUUGUGUUAGAUCGUUUACGUUCAUUAAAUUUUAAUUUAAACCAGUCUUCUCAAGAAAACCCAAGUAAAAGUGUGCAGGGUGUUAGUGUGCAAAAGAAUAUUUCUAAAGGGAUGAAUAUCUCUAUUGGGUCAAGUGUUUUUGAGAAAUGUGAAGCCCCAAGUGUUGAAACAAAUUCUAAGAAAUUAGAAACUACAAUAGGUGAUCAGUCUGCUAGACAUGAUCCUUGCCAUAAUGCAAUUAACCAUUGUGAAAAUUCUCUAGCUCAUUUAGAGAAAAGGUAUGGAAUAAAAAAGUGCUAUGUGAAACUGAAACGAAUUUCGGUAGAACCUUGUGAUUUAAGAAAAAUUGUGAAACGUAAUAGAAAUGAGACAGGACGUGAAAUGAAAACUUGUGGAAAAAUAAAACUUCGUCGUAUGAGUUCCAAAAUGUGGACUGUGAGUUCAUGUACUUCAGCAUUAGAAAACACAGAAGUUGCAGAGUACACGGAAGACGGAAUGAAAUCUUCAAAUUGGCUUUGUGUAGCAGAAGAUACUGAACUUAGUAGUGAUCAAGAAGUGCAUAAUGAAAUUUAUGGUCAAAGAUCAAAAAAGUGUGUUGGUUCAAAAGACCCCUCCAUCUGUUCAAGUGAAUCAGCUGAAGAAACUCUGAACUAUAUCCGAAGAGGAAAACAUAUGAAGCAUUACAGAUCUGAAUGCACUUGUUGCCAGAAAAUAUUUUUUGACGAAAAGGAUCUAGCACAACAUUUAGAAACACAUUUAUCGGGGUAUAAGUGUCCUAAUUGUUCUGCCAGAUUCCAUUUUGUAAUGGAAUUACAUGCACAUGAAGCUGGAUGUUCUCUUGCAAGCUUACUAGAUUGCCAUAAGGCCAAGUCCCGUAUAAAGCCCUGCCAAGUGAUUUUGUGAGGAACUCACCACAAGAAUUAAUUACUAGUAUUUUCGUAUAAACUUUAUCAUAAUUGCUUUUCACGUGAUUUUUCAACUUUUUGCAAUAAUGAAUAAUAUAAAUCAUUUUAUAUUUUUACCUGAGGUUACACAUUAAGAGAAGGUAGUUGCAACCUUGUAACUGGCGUAACAUUCAUUGAGUGUAUGUUUUGAAUAUAUACUUGUAAAUGAUUUACUUAAUGACUUAUGUGUGAAUUAAUACCUGAAUAUUUUAUCGAAGAAAUUUAAGAAGGUGAUAUAUUUUUCACAAAGUGAAUUUUCUCCUUUUUUAAUACCAAAGAUUAGGUAUUCUCAUAAGCUUGUGCAAAACUGUAAUAUUCCUUGUUUAUUUUUCAAAGUUUCAGUGUAUAUGUAUUUAGAUGCCAUACAUGACAUUCAGUAUUACAAAGACUGAAGUAUUAUAUACAAAUCAUUUAUAAGAUAUGUGUUCAUUGGGAUGAUGUUACUUACAUUAUACCAUAUAAAAAUUGUAGUUUAUCAUAAAUUAUGUUUAUAUUGUUGUGUAUAUUCAGUUAAUACAGUCAC